CGAGCAGCAAGCCACCUGGGCUGAAUGAAAUAUUACACAGUCGCCCAGUGCUUCCCUCGCAGAUGAUGACAAAUUCACGGCCUUUGAUCCCAUGUUUGGACGUUUUCCCCGCGAGGACUGAGCCUGACAUGCACCUUACAUGCAUACUGAAGUUUGUCGCCUUCGUGGUCGAAAAUGUGCUCUUCAUCUUUAAAAGCAUUCAGACGUCUGCGCAGAGGUUAAGGCUGCGGGUUAAGCCAAAGGUCUUCUUUAUACACUCAUUGACUCAUAUAGCCUACACGUCGAGGCGUAGGCUAUCUGUCAUUUUGUGCCAGUGGUCACAUGGCUUUGGCCCUCAGGAAUGGAUAGAGAUGGAUCCCCACGUCAGCUUGUAAGGAUACAGAUUUCUGCUCCGCCAGUCUGCCUCAAAGCGACUGGAGCGCAGCGCCGCGGAGGAACUAUGCGGGGAUUAUUAUAGGACGUUUCCAACGGCAGAAUAUGGAUUUUGAUGAGCGGAUCUCCGGCUCUAAUAUGUAUUUACCGAGCUGCACCUACUACGUCUCCGGAGCAGACUUCUCGGGGCUCCCCCAUUAUUUAACCCAGAGCCAGUCGUCUUGCCCAAUGACGUACUCCUACCAGUCCUCAGCCCUGCCACAGGUCCCGUCCGUGAGAGAUGUGGCUUUCAGAGACUAUGGCAUCGACACGUCGAGUAAAUGGCACCACGGCAGGGGGAGCCUAUCGCACUGCUACACCGAGGACAUCGUGCACAGGGACGGCUGGGCGAGCCCGACCUCACGGGGGGGAGACGUCGUGGUGAAAGGCAGCUCCGGCGCCAGCCACUCCGGCUCCUCCAAUCCGACGCCGGGCUUCUACGGCAGCGUCGGCAGGAACGGCGUCCUGCCGCAGGCGUUCGACCAAUUCUUCGACACCGCCUACGGGAGCGCGGAGAACAGCACAACACCGACAGCACAAGCGGCGGACACGGACGGACACGUAGCCAAAGCAAGCCCCGCUCCUGCUCACCCGGGCUCGGACACGGCGGAGAGCUGCAGCCCCAAGUCGUCCUCCGGCCACAGCGAGGAGAAACAGAGCAAGAGCAGCGGUGGCCAGAGGACGCGCAAGAAGAGAUGUCCAUAUUCAAAGUAUCAGAUCAGGGAACUAGAGAGGGAAUUCUUCUUCAGCGUUUACAUCAACAAAGAGAAGCGUCUGCAGCUCUCGCGGAUGCUCAAUCUGACUGAUCGCCAGGUCAAAAUCUGGUUUCAGAACAGGAGGAUGAAGGAGAAGAAACUGAACAGAGACCGUUUACAGUACUACACCACAAACCCCCUGCUAUGAAAACUGAACAAAGACUGUCACAUCUAGACUGCACAUCUACAUCAUUACCUGGACAAGAUGACGAGUUUUUUAAUGUACCAGACUUCAUAAAGAAUUCUACUAUUUAUACACUAUUUUGUCAUUAAACACCGUUGGCUUUAUU